UGCUAAAGGGGUCCAAACACUCCAACCCUUCCAGGAUGGGUCUCUCCCUCUGAGCAUCAGCACCGUCAGCAGCAGCUCUCCGCCGGAGUGGAAGGAUGAAGGCGCAGAACAUCAGGACUCUCUUCCUCAUCCUCUCCGUAGUUCUCUACCUGCUCAUCGGAGCCGCCGUGUUCGAUGCGCUGGAGACGGAGAGCGAGAGCUCCAGGAAAAAGGCUCUGGAGCAGAAACUGGGCGAGCUGAAGAGAAAGUACGGCUUCAAGGAGGAGGACUACCGGGAGUUAGAGAGAGUCAUCCUUCAGUCGGAGCCGCACCGAGGAGGGAGGCAGUGGAAGUUUACCGGCUCUUUUUAUUUUGCCAUCACUGUCAUCACCACUAUAGGUUACGGCCACGUCGUUCCACGCACUGAUGCUGGCAAGACCUUCUGCAUGUUUUACGCCGUCUUGGGAAUACCUCUGACUCUGGUCAUGUUCCAAAGCCUGGGUGAAAGAAUCAACACUUUAGUCCGAUACCUCCUGCGCAGAGCCAAGCAGGGCCUUGGCUUCAGGAAGACGGAGGUAUCCAUGGGAAACAUGGUGCUGGUUGGUCUGCUGUCCUGCGUGACUACCCUGUGCAUCGGAGCUGCAGCCUUCUCCCACUUCGAGGACUGGACCUUCUUCAAUGCCUACUACUACUGUUUCGUCACGCUCACCACCAUUGGCUUCGGGGAUUUUGUUGCCCUGAAGAAGCAGGACGCCCUCCAGAAGCGACCGCCCUAUGUGGCCUUUUGCUUUGUCUACAUUUUGGUUGGACUGACAGUCACUGGAGCGUUUCUCAACCUGGUGGUGUUGAGAUUUCUCACUGUGAGAACUGAUGAAAGUGGAGAAGAGCAGCUUUCAGAGCCCAAGGAGGAGGCACUGGAUGCCGCAGAGGCGGAAUCAACCGAGGUGAGACGAAAAGAUGGUGCGGAUGGGAGAAGAGAUCGGUUCAACCUCACUCCCCCAGUGGAGGCGGGCGGCAGCUGUACCAGUCUGGUCUCCUCCCCUGCAGACGACCUCAGACUCAUUGAAUGUGAGCAUUCUGAGCUUCCUGGGCCCAGCAGACUCAGAGACCUGUUCUCCUGCAUGUGCUGUGGGCUGGAUGUUUGUUACAGCACCACUGAACUACAGCACGAACACACGUGUGGCCACAGCAACCCUGUUUUCUACACCUCCAUCUCCUACAGGGUGGACCAAGUCUCCGGCAGCUCCCACACCGUUUCAUCGCAUGCCUCCCCCAGCGCUGUAGCUCUCUGUUGGGAGAAGCACAAUCUUCAAAUCCGACGGAAGUCACUCUGACUCAGGAACCUCUUGUAUUAUUUAGCGCAGAGCAGAUUGAAGCAUCAGACCAAAACACACACACUGCCUUCCCUUUUGAAUGUAGCGCUAUAUGACCUGUGAUUUACUUUUCUUAAGAGUUUAAGAGUGCUAAAACAAGCUGUGAGAAAAUGUCUGCCACUUUACAGAGUCUUUUUGUCACAUUUAAAAAAAUAUUCCUUUCCUUUUGUUUUACUUUUUGCAGAAACUGAUGACUUGACAUUUUCUUUCAGCUUUUUUACAUUUUAAAUGUAGUGGUCGUUAGCAGAAUUCUUGGUACCUGGUCUGGAAGCAGCAGAGAAGCCCAGACCAUCACACUGUCACUACCAUGUUUGACUGUCAAAAUUAUUAUUAUUAUUUGUCUGAAAUUCUAUCAGUUUUACAGCAGAUGUAUCAGGAUGCACACCUCUCUUAAGGUUUCACAUCAAGGUGUCCCGGUGUGUAUGAUGGCCAGUCAUCCCAUCAUCUUGUUUUUAUUGCUGAAUAAUGAAAACUGACCUUAACUGAGCCAAGUGAGGUCUACGGUACUUUAGAUGUUCUCGGUUCUUUUGUGAGCAUCUCUAUAAGCCGUUGAUGUGCUUAUUGGGCCAAACCCUCUUUAUUUAAUUGGCACAUUAAAAACAGCACAAUUUACCAAAGUGCUGAGCAGAGAUUACACAAAUACAUUAAAAUGAAAACGAAAGACGAGGACACGUAAAAGAUGAUAUUAAAGAGAUAAAUGAAAGAGCUCCCUCAUGCUCGAUCAAAGGCCAAUGGAAAAGAAAAUACUUUUAAGAACAGAUUUUAAAGCUACACAGUGCAAAGGCCUGUCUUACGGACAUUGGCAGCAAGUUCAAAAGCCUGGGAGUUGCCACAGAAAAAGCUCUGUCCCUUUAGAGCUUCUGCCGUGUGUGGCACAUCCGAGAGAGUGACUGGGAGGGCAGAACAUUAACCUCCUUCAUGUUGUUAGACAGGUUCUGUUUAAGCAAUUUCCCAUUUCUACAGAUCUGGCUGUAUUGAGACAUGAAUGUCACUAUUGAAUCUAUUAUAAUAAUAAUUAUCUUUAUUUUGUCAUUCCAACGUACAUCCCAAUGAAAGUGUUCUCCUGCCUUUGACUGCUCCCUAUAUCUAGGGAUGCAAGUGCCUUGUUAUUACCCACUAGGCCUCCGCUCCCACUGAUCCAAGACAAAUGGGUAAUCACAGAUUUAACUCAUUUUCAUAUGGUACCAGAUUGGGUUGCAUAGCUAUUUGUUCUUUAACAACUUAAAUCUUUUGAGAACUGUUUUUUUAGUGAUGCAGAUCAUC